UCUCCAGUCCAGUCCUUGCAGACAUCAGCAGAGCCAGAUCGCCAGAUCACCAGAUCACCAUGAGUAAGAUCAUUGUUUACGAGCAUCCUGAUUUCAAGGGGCUUCACAGAGAAUUUACUGAUAGUGUCUCUGACCUGACACUGGAGGACUUCAAUAACCAGAUAUCGUCUUUAAAGGUAAUAGGACAGCCCUGGGUCAGUUACGUUCACACUGAUUACAAAGGAUGGGCUUGGCUAUUUGAAGAAGGUGACUAUUCAUCGAUUGAUCGCCCCGGUACAAUUUCAUCCCUCUUGUUAAUCACUGAGAACCUGGAUGACCCAGAGAUCACUCUUUAUGAGCAUGCAAACUAUGCAGGCAGGAGCAGAGUUUUCAAAGAAGAAACCAGUCUUACUAAAGGGGGCUUUAAUGACGUUGCCUCUUCUCACAUAGUUCAGCGAGGGGCCUGGGCACUGUAUGAGCAUACGAAUCGAGGAGGCUGGUUUUGGCUGGCCAGGGCAGGAGACAGAGCUCCAGAUUAUGGAACUGGUGGAUUCCAUGACAAAGUGUCGCACGUCUAUCCCCUGAAAGCAGGCAAACCCUAAUAAAGGUAGAAUUGCAGUCGGACAAACUGAAGAAUGGAAUUUCAUCUGUCAAAGAGAUCACCCAAUUUGUUGCUGUGAAUAGAACUUAUUUAUGAGAAAAUCUGCACCACUACCUUAACCAAAGAGUAUUUGAAAUGAGUACCACAGAGACAUUCACAUUCAAAAAUGAGCCUACGUUUUCAUUAAAUGUUAUAGCGUCAGCAGGUGUUGAAUCAUCAUUUAAUGUUUCAAAUACAUUUACUGUUGAGAAAGGGAAAACUGAGUCUGUUACUAAUAGGCACAAAAUUGAAGUGAAUUUGCCAUGCACUAUCCCCCCACAUACAAAGCAAAUAACAUACAUAAUGGAAAAGAUAGAAUCGUUCACUGUUCCUGUAGAAUUAACAAUCACUAGGGGAAGUACAACUAAAAUUGAAUAUGGGGAGUACCGCUGUGUAGGUGGUACUUCCAUCGAUUAUGAAUUUGCAUUAGAGAAACUGCCUAAAAUCUCUGGUUAGCAAAGCUGACAGUCAUUUCCUAGAGCUAUUGACAUCUUUAUUAGCAAACGAUUGUUAUGCAUUACAACACUUUAACAGGUACUGUAGCAUAACUUGCAGAAGGGUACAGAUAAAUGAAUAUGUGCAUUAAAUUAAACUUUUAGUCCUGAGCUGAUUGCAUUACAUUAGUUCUGAUUUGCAGGGUGUUGUUUUAUCAACAUUUUAAACACUGCAGCCAGACUUUAAACUUUAUGUCUGUCUUUAGAAUAAGUUACCUUAUGUGUCGUUUGGUAGUUUAAUUAAAUUAGCUUUAAACUAGAUGGUAAGAAAAGUAGGGUUAUCAUUGUGAGAGAACAUAUAGCACAAUGUUUCUGUCAGAUGACAGUUUACAUUUUAAAAUCACAAUUACCAAGUUUGGUGUAAAGCAAUAAUUUUCAUAAGGUUAUCGAAUUCUUUUUUCCUGUUAAAACAUAUAAAUCAUUUGCAAAGUUUAAUCUGAUGUGCACUGCAAUCAUAACGUACUUAAUGGGGUGGUCAUCUAAAACAGAUUACAAUGUUAUGUAUUUUGGGGCAUAAUUCAUUAAUCUGACUUUCAGUAAUUUUCACUUUCUUGAGAUGGUCUAUUUUGAUGUUAUUUUGCAAUCAGCGAUGUGAUUACAAAUUGCUGCUCCCACCUAAUGACUUGAUCACUAAUAAAAUUAACUCUGAAUUACAA